AUGCAAUGUUUCGACAGCACCUUCAGAGGCUUUCUUGCCUCGAACUUCAAGAACACUCCGAACAUCCAGGGAGACCUCUCGCACACACUUGAACUGGCUGACGCUCUGAAGACAGCGACACUGGGUUUCGUCAGAUGGCAAAAGGAGCACACAACGCAGAAAAAACAGACUCUUCCCGGUUUUGACAGUAUCGACGAGUCGCGUGAGAUGCUGCUUGUUUUCGGAACUUUGUUCUGUGACAAAGAUGGAGCGGAAAUAGGAUCACCUUACGAAGCUAUGUGA